GCGCAUCUUCCGCCCGGACUUCAUACUCUACUUCCCUCGGAUAUCCUUGCACUUUCUAUCCGAUGACGGCUUCUCCUACUCGACACUAUCCUGGAGUGGAAGCCGCCUGUGCACCGUGCGCGUAAUGACCACAACUGAUCCCGUGGAUCAGUUUGCUGUGGACUGGAAUGAACGCGCUCAGCCGGGGAUGGUUCAAUGAUGGGGUUCCUGCACACCCACGAUACUUCCAGAAGAUGAGAAGGAACUAAUUCUUCAUGUUGUUGUGUCACGUCAAGUUCACUAUGGCGGUCAGGAAGUUGCAUCCGCACUCCAAACCUUUAUCUAAAGUCUACAUUCUCAUUUGGCUGCUGCUCAUCUUCACACCCAGGGUGGAUUCAUCGUGGUGGUACAUUGGAGCGUUGGGAGCACGGGUGAUCUGCGACAACAUUCCGGGUCUGGUGAACAAGCAGCGGCAGCUCUGCCAGCGCCACCCGGACUUGAUGCAGUCCAUCGGGGAGGGCGCCAAAGAGUGGAUCAAGGAGUGCCAGCACCAGUUCAGACACCAGCGCUGGAACUGCAGCACCCUGGACCGGGACCACACUGUGUUUGGCAGGGUGAUGCUGCGAAGCAGCAGAGAAGCCGCAUUCGUGUACGCCAUCUCCUCGGCCGGUGUGGUCUACGCCAUCACCAGGGCGUGCAGCCAGGGCGAGAUCAAGAUCUGCAACUGCGACGGCCACAAGCGUGGCCAAUCCAGCGACCACAGGGGCAACUUUGAUUGGGGCGGCUGCAGCGACAACAUCAAUUACGGCAUCAAGUUUGCAAAGGCCUUUGUGGACGCUCGUGAGAGGAUGGUGAAGGACGCUCGGGCACUCAUGAACCUCCACAACAACCGCUGUGGACGAAUGGCAGUGAAGCGCUUCAUGAAGCUGGAGUGCAAGUGUCACGGCGUCAGCGGCUCCUGUUCCGUGAGGACAUGCUGGUUGGCCAUGUCUGACUUCAGGCGGACAGGCGACUACCUCCGCAAGAAGUACAACACGGCCGUGGAGGUGACCAUGAAUCAGGACGGCACGGGCUUCAUGGUGGCCGACAGGGACUUCAAGGGCAGUACCAAGAACGAGCUGGUGUACGUCGAGAACUCGCCCGAUUAUUGCCUCAUGGAUCGAGCAGCAGGUUCCUUGGGCACAGCGGGCCGAGUAUGCAACAAAUCCUCGCGCGGCACCGAUGGCUGCGAGGUCAUGUGCUGUGGGCGUGGCUACGACACCAUGCGGGUCAAACGCCUCAGCCAGUGCGAGUGUAAGUUCAAGUGGUGCUGCAAGGUUGAGUGCAAAGACUGUGAGGACACUGUGGACAUUCACACCUGCAAGCCUCACAAGCGACCCGAUUGGCUGGACUUAACCUAACCUAACCUAAGCAUCACGUCACGGUAAACACUGUGGGAUGUAGUGACGAGGAUUUCUCCCACUAUGAAACAUUUUCCCAGGAUUUUCAUUGACCGGAAACUGGAAAAUAUGCCAAGUUUUCAAUUGUGAGCUGCUUUUUUUGUGGCACUUUUUUGAUACGGCUGAAUAUUGUUGUGUAUAUGCACCAGUAGUUGUAUUUUUUGACAGUACUAAUAAUACCCGUACUAUUUAGCACACAGAUGGGAGCUAAGAAGAGAGAAGCCCCUUGCAGAUAAAAACACUGUCAGAGUGCGACUUUCCAUUUAAAAGCAAUACACAGCUACUGAAAAUGAAUGAAAUUGUAUCUCCUUGCUGCUAGUGAGGACUUUCCAUCCAAGAAAGAGAGAGAGAGAGAGAGAGAAAAAGAGAGAGAGAGACAUCUUUACAAAAAAAAAAAAAAGCAAGGUCUCGUGUUGAUGUUGGACAUUCUUUUUCCCACAUUGACUUUUUAUGCCUCAUUGAAAUCUUGUUCAAUUUCUACUCUGGUCUCUUUGUCUUUGCUUGUUUUGAGUCUCACACACACACACACACACACACACAAUGCUCAUUUUUUAUAUCCGUGGAUGUUUUCCUUUUGUGGUUAUAAACUAAAUUUCCAAAUAUUCUGAGUAUUUAGGUUAAGAAAAACUGCAUGAAGGUUUUUCUUUUUUUUUUUUUUUUAAAUGGUGUAGAAGAAAUGAAGCAUCAGUAUUGAAAUCAAGCCAUGACAUUGCAGAAAGAAACAGUCAAGUAGCAUCGGAGCCUCAAAUUGGACUUUUUAAACAUCUGCUUAAUGCACCCAGAGAAGUCAUGUUAAGCCAUCGGAGAGCCAAACCUCACAAGGGCCACUAAAUGAAUUUGACAACAAGCUGCAAAAUGUAAAGCGUCAACACAUUUUUUCCAAGUGCACGCAAUUUUGAGGAUGGGAGCCAAAGUAAAGUGUUUUGAAAAAGGCCAAACGACACGCUGAGCCAAACAACAAAAAGAGAAAGUAAAUGAUGAGUUUUAUCUGUGUGUGUUUAUUGUGGAAUGGCAUGCUAAGUGGUCACAAUAAUCCGCUACACUUGUGAAGAGAUGGAAAAGACUCGCUUUCAAGAAAAUUAGCGUAUUUUCUGGACUAUAAGUCGCUCCGGAGUAUAAGUCGCACAAAGCCAAAAAUGUAUACCGUAUUUUCCGCACUAUACGGCGCACCGUGUUAUAAGGCGCACCUUCAAUGAAUGAUAUAUUUUAAAACUUUUUCCAUACAUAAGGCGCAUCGCAUUAUAAGGCGCUACAGUAGAGGCUGUAGUUACGUUAUGCAACCAUUAGAUGGUGCCGCGCUAAAGGGAAUGUCAACAAAACAGUCAGAUAGGUCAGUCAAACUUUAUUAAUAGAUAACAAACAAGCUUUCCACAACUCCAUUCACUCCCAAAAUGAAUAAACAGCUGUUUUAUUAUUUUCUCUGAGGUAAAGCAUUUUCGUGACACAUCUUUAACAUCUUUGAACAACAGCAAGGCAUAACAUUUUACUUUUCCUCCAUUUAGUCAACGCGCAAAAAACCGUCUGAUACUGUUAUGGUAAAUUAAACGUUAGUGCAAUCGCAGUAUAGUGACACUCGUAAUGUGCAAAAUGACUUUGUUUAGUCUUCUUUACUUGGCGCAGCUCAUCCUCAUGCUUCCUCCACUUCCGCACCAUCGAUUCAUUAAUGUUAAACUCUCUUGCUGCUGCUCUAUUUCCAUGUUCUACUGCGUGACUGAUCGCCUUGAGUUUAAACUCUGCGUUGUAAGCGUGUCUCUUAAUAGGAGCCAUUUCAGGGUCUUUAUACAAACGCACAAAUGAAAGUGAAUCGUUGUUUAAUAUUUCCCAGUAUGCACAGCGCACUUCUUCUUCUACGGGAAAAAUGGAGUCGGUGGCUGCUUACCGUAAGUUGCGAGACCUGUCGCGGCUCAAUAUUGAUCCAUAUAUAAGGCGCACCGGAUUAUACGGCGCAUAGUCAGCUUUUUUAAAAAAAAAUCAGAUUUUAGGUGCGCCUUAUAGUGCGGAAAAUACGGUAA